AUGCGCCUGCACACCCUCCACGACCUCGACCAGACCGAAGGCACCAAACACACGGCCUUCCUCUCCGUCUGCGCCUUCACCUUCCUGACCAACUACGGCGUGGGCGGGCUGGCGCCGGCCUUCUACGUCCUGUCGCAGGAGUUCGACAAGACGGUCGCCGAGACCAGCGACCUGCUGGUCUGGCCGAUCCUCGUGCUCGGCGUCUUCAACUUCUUGUGGGUGCCGCUCGCCAACUACCUCGGCAAGCGGCCCGUGUUUGUCUUCUGCUCGGGCCUGCUGUGCGCUUGCUUCGUGUGGGGUGCCCUUGCGCGCUCGUUUGAGUCGUUGUUGUGGUCGAAUAUUGUGGCCGGGUUUGCUGGUUCGUCGACUGAGGCGCUCGGCGCGAGUAUGGUGAAUGAUUUGUACUUUUUGCAUGAGAGGGGGGCGAAGAUGGGGGUGUAUAUGAACUUUAUCUCGGGCGGGAAUACCCUGGGUCCGUUGGUGUGUGGGUUUGUGAUUACGGGGUUGAGUUGGCGGUGGCAUAAGUGGAUUGCCGUGAUCUUUACGGCGAUCAAUUUCCUGACGGUGUUGUUGUUUGUGCCGGAGACGAGGUACUACCGGGAUGGGGGUAGGGAUGGGACUGGUCAGCCGCGGGCGGUAUUGUCAUCGACGGAAACCGUCAGUGCCCGUGAUGGCGAGGCGGCAAAGGGAAGUAAAGCGGAUGCGGAUGGCAAAAAGGAAGAGGCCCACGCCGCUCCCACAACGGUACCCAAGAAGACCUGGCUACAGGAGAUCAGCUUGUGGUCAGGGACCGCACCAGAUACGAACCUCGCCAAGAUGUUCGUUCGGCCACUGCCGAUGUUCGCAUAUCCCUGCGUUGUUUACUCGUUCCUCGGAUACGCCGUGUCACUCGUGUUGACGGUGUCGGUCAACAUCCUCAACCCUUUCGUCCUCCAAGCGCCUCCAUACAGCUGGUCACCCAUGAUCAACGGUCUGAUCAACAUCCCCGGCUUCAUUGGAAACGUGGUGGGUAGCUACGCUGGGGGGUGGCUGGUAGAUGUGUUCUGCGACUGGAAGACCAGACGGAAUAAGGGAGUCUUUGAGCCGGAAAGUCGGCUGUACUUGUGUGCCAUCCCGCUGUUAGUCACCGGGGCAGGAUGCAUGACCUUUGGGUUCGGGGUGGAGAGGAUGCUACAUUGGACUAGUCUCUUCGGAGGAUAUGGCAUGAUCUCGGUGGCUCUGACGGCGGUUCCAACCAUCACUAUGGCAUACGUCUCUGACUGUUUACUGCCCGUCAACUCGGAUGCGUUGAUGCUCGUCAAUGGCUUCAAGAAUGUGGUAGCUUUUGGUUUCCUUUACGGAAUUGUGCCAUGGGUCGAGAAGGUUGGCUACGCGGAGUGCUUCGGUAUACAGGCUGGCAUAUUUGUUACGGUUAUUGCUUUGGGUAUGGCAAUCCUCAUACCCUUUGGUGGGAAGAUUCGACACAUUCAGGCACGGUGGCGGAUCAUUUUGUAA